AUGUUGUUGGUUAGAGGAACAAGAAGUUUAAUCUAUCUAUCAUCAAAACAACAAAUAAUCAAUAUUAGUAGUAGUAGUUGUAAAGUAGCAUUAACAACAUCAUCAACAUCAUUUAUUUCAACAUUCAAUAAUAAUCAGAAUAAUAAUAAUAAGUAUUCACAACUUUCAUAUUACUCCUCUACUAAAAUGUCUAAACCAGGUGUAACUGAAGCUGCUGUUAAACAAGAUCCACGUGAUACAAUCUUUGCAAAGAUUGUUGAAGGUAGUAUUCCAUGUAAAAAGGUGUAUGAAGAUGAUGAUUGUCUUGCAUUUGAUGAUAUCAGUCCACAAGCACCAGUUCAUGUACUAUUGAUUCCAAAGCAUCCAAUCGGAGGUAUCAACGAUGCCACUGAAGAACAUGCUACCGUAUUGGGUAAAUUGAUGACAAAGGUACCAAAGAUUGCUAAACUCAAGGAUAUCGAUCAUUCUGGAUACCGUCUUGUUGUCAAUGAAGGUAUUCACGGUCAACAAUCGGUUCGUUGGUUACAUAUUCAUAUCUUAGGUGGUAGACAACUUAACUGGCCACCAUGUUAA